UGUGAUCUACGUCAUCACACUGGUCAUCGGGAUUGUGGCCGCGCGGAAGACGAACAAGAAGACAGACUGUGACGAGGUGAUGCUUGCCAAUAGGAGCUUUGGGCUCGUCAUAGCCUGCUUCACCCUGACAGGUACCCUUACUUAACUUGCCACAGCCUGACAGACAUCAUUGUAUCACAUACAGACAGAAAAUAUUCUUUCACAGAAUUCUUGUGUUAUAGACUAACAGAAAUUAUUGUGUCAAAAAUCACGUACAUACAAUCUUUGUGCCACAGACUCAUAGAAUGGACAUACAUUCUUGUGUAAUAGACUGAUAGAAUGGACAUACAUUCUUGUGUCAUAGACUGAUAGAGAUACACAUACAUUCUUGUGUCACAGACUGAUAGAGAUAGACAGACAUUCUUGUGCCACAGACUGAUAUAAUACACAUCCACUCUUGUGUCACAGACUGAUAGAGAUAGACAGAAAUUCUUGUGCCACAGACUGAUAUAAUACACAUCCACUCUUGUGUCAUAGACUGAUAGAGAUACACAUAUAUUCUUGUAUCAUAGGCUGGUAGAAUAGACAUACUUUCUUGUGUCAUAAACUGAUAGAAUAGACAUCUAUUCUUGUGUCACAGACUGAUAGAAUGGACAUACAUUAUUAUUUCCUGGACUGACAGCCAGGCAGAUUUUCCAGUGAUCCAUACAGAAUGACACACAGGACACACAAUCUUUUGUCAGAGACUGACAUAUUCUUGUCACUUUUUGACAUGCAGACCCGCGUGUGUGACAGACUGAUUUUCUUUUGUGACAGAUUGACAGGCUGACAUUCCUGAAGUUUAUAAGAACAUUGAUUUUUUUCAAUAUUUUUAGAUUUGAAGAUUUUAAAAAUAAAUAUCUGCAAUUAAAAUAUUCCAUUUUUCCCCCUUAAUUUUUUAAAGUAAUCAUUUGGUGUAACCCCCCUAAGAUGGUGUCACCGGGUGACACCAUCUUAGGGGGUUACACCAAAUUGAAAAAUAACAUAUUUACAAAGCAUACACUGCUCGGACUAACAGAAUGUUAUAAAAGGAUUACCAAUCACGAGUAAAGUGUCAAGAAAUGUAACCAAUCCAAAUUCGCGCCUUAUUAAAAGUUCAAGGUUGGCGCGUGAGAAACGAUUCAACGCCCACUGAAGUGUUCGGCAACUUUCGUUAAUGACAGAAAGCUAUAUUUAUCUCAAUUCUGAGAAAUAACGUUUUUCCAUUGAUACCAAUGGACGAAUCGAAGUACAUGUUACAGUUCGUAAAUAAAUUUAAUUUAUUUUUUGUUCUUGUCAUUGUUACACUGUGGACUUAUUUUAACAAGAAGAAAUCCAUAGUGGAUAUCGUAGGGAGGGAGUCAGGGGGUUACAUCAUGAGUUUACCUCACCGGGAGGGGGGCACCAACCCCCUAGCUACGCCACUGUCUAGCAUCACUUGCAAAAUAUCUCAAGCGUAACGCGUGCAUGAGGUCUCAAGUGUCACCUGAAGGGAUGUCUCAAGUGUGUGCAUGAGGUCUCAAGUGUCACCUGAAGGGGUGUCCCAAGUGUGUGCAUGAGGUCUCAAGUGUCACCUGAAGGGAUGUCCCAAGUGUGUGCAUGGGGAAUCUUUGAUGUCUUGACUUCAUCGACGCCCAGGGCGCCUCCUGUCCCCGCCCCUGACGCAGGCCCAUCCAAGGUCAUUCUUUGGUUGCCGUUGUAUUUUUACUUUGUGCCAAGACUGUGUCAGCUUGCGAUCUCUGGUGUGUUUGACUGGCCAAUUUUUCUCUAAAUUUAGGUCGGUGCAGAGGUUUGAACACAACGAUCGUUACUCUGUUUCCAAGUUAAUUUAAUUCUCCUGCUGUGGUAUUUCUUUUCAAACCCGGAUUAUCUCUUUUCCACCCACACAGGCUUAAAGCCUUGUCAACACGUCUCAUUCGUAUGCUUUUUAUAUGAAUUAUCAGAGGCAGGUCAUGCGUGAGAUCGAGUAUCGUACACAAUAACCUAGGCCGGCCCCACGGUUGCUGGCUUAAGUAGAUGCAUUAAUGUUUGUGCAGGGGAAAAACUGGGCACUAGGACAUGGAAUUGUACCUAGUUUUUCUUUUCGUUUUUGUUAAAAAAAAUUUUUUAACUUGUAUUUGGGCAGUGUAAACAAUUAGCCUAAACCAUGACCAGUGUGAACAACUAGCCUACCGUGGCCAGUAUGAACAACUAGCCUACCGUGGCCAGCAUGAACAACUAGCCUACCGUGGCCAGCAUGAACAACUAGCCUACCGUGGCCAGCAUGAACAACUAGCCUACCGUGGCCAGCAUGAACAACUAGCCUACCGUGGCCAGCAUGAACUCCUAGCCUACCGUGGCCAGCACGAACAACUAGCCAAACGUGGCCAGCAUGAAUAACUAGCCUACCGUGGCCAGCAUGAACUCCUAGCCUACCGUGGCCAGCAUGAACAACUAGCCAAACGUGGCCAGCAUGAAUAACUAGCCUACCGUGGCCAGCAUGAACAACUAGCCUACCGUGGCCAGCAUGAACAACUAGCCUACCGUGGCCAGUAUGAACAACUAGCCUACAGAUGACAUUUUUAUCUGGCGUUGAGAUCAGCAAAUCUUUUUACUGUACUUUCUAUAUUUUGUUCCAUGGCGCCCACUUGCAAUGAUCUUUUCUAUUUUCGAAGAUCGUUGAUGGCGCCCUAAGAACAUGGCAUCCCAGGCAACUGCCCGAGUUGCCAGUACCGUGAGCCUGCCGUGACAAUAACAGUUAACUGUGAGGAGAAAUCGAAUCACUAUGUACUCUUAAGUGAUAAGGGUAGCGGUGGAUCUGAUAAAAAAAAAUGCGAUGUAGGGUUUUGGGGGGGGGGAGGGGGGGAGGUGAGGAGAGAGAACUUGUGAGUAAAAUUAAAAUAUAACCUAAAGAGAGAAAGGUCUACGAAACGGAUNGAAAUCGAAUCACUAUGUACUCUUAAGUGAUAAGGGUAGCGGUGGAUCUGAUAAAAAAAAAUGCGAUGUAGGGUUUUGGGGGGGGGGAGGGGGGGAGGUGAGGAGAGAGAACUUGUGAGUAAACUUCAAAUAUAACCUAAAGAGAGAAAGGUCUACGAAACGGAUAACUUGAAUGUACAGUGUAUGUUUAUGUAGUGUAUGUCAAUGUAGUGUAUGUCAAGUUAAUGCAGUGUAUAUCUAGCUGAAGCCCUAAGGCAUGGUUUCAUAAAAUAUUCUUUAUAGUCAAUACCUCAUUUCAUAGCUGCAAACAUUGCCGUGGUGAGAAAAAGCGCAUAGAUAAAUAUCCUGAAAUGUCUUGCACUCUCCUGAAAUUAGCGUUUUAUCAUUCUUCACUUAACCUGAGAACAACAGAAGAGCUGCUAGUGGAGGGAGAGCAGCAGAAGAGUCGCUAGUAAAUGGAGAGCAGCAGAAGAGUCGCUAGUACAGGGAUGGCUACAGAAGAGUCGCUAAUGAAGGGAGAGCAGCAGACGAGUCGCUAGUUGAUGGAGGGCUACAGAAGAAGCGCCAGUGAAGGAAGAAAGCCACAAGGAUCGCUAGUGGAGGGAGAGCAGUAGGCGAGUCGCUAGUUGAUGGAGGGCUACAGAAGAGUCGCUAGUGGAGGGAGAAUGCCACAAGAGUCGCUGGUUUAGGUUUGGGUGGAACCGUGAACUGGUUGUGUUUAUAAAAAAAACACCACUUUAUUUUUAGUUUUUACUAUAUAGUAAUAUGUUUGAUAUCAUUAUUUACAUUAUUUAUUUGUUAAAAAAGCUUAAUUAAUAAAUACAUCUGUCACAUGUCCAUUUUAUGAACUGCCGCUCAAUUAUUUUUCACCAAUAUUCUGUGAGGAGUUGGGUCUUACUUAAAAGGAUAUAUACUGUAGAUAAAUAUAUAUACAUGAAUACAUAUUUAUAUAUAUAUAAAAGAGCCGCCAUGGGUGGAAUUUGCUUUCCCUACACUAGUGGAUAAGUGGAUAUAUACCUCUAUUUUUCAUAAUAAUAAUUUACGAUCUCGGUGGUCCCCAUGAGGCUGCCGCAUUGGCUGCCCCCGUCUCGUCACCCGCUCUCCUUAAGGCUGCGCUGGAUGCAGAGUGACCUCUGACCUCGAAAUGUAAACAAGAAAUGCAAUCAAAUAAAGUCAUGAGGUUUCAAAUGGAGCAUUUGGAGAUUAUUACCCCUUUACUAAGACACAGAUUAAACAAGAUUUAAAAAAAAAUGUAAAUUAGUCUUUCAACCGGCGACUUUACAUGCAAUCCCCCCCCCCCCGGGGCCCCUUUAGUUCAUUGAGGUCGUUACAUAUAGGCUGGAAAUAAGGGCCUUAUGGGGGUCAUGUCAAUUGUCUUCCUCUGGUGUAUGUAUUACAUACAUUAAAUAUUUGUCUUGAACAUUUCAAAAUAGAAAAAGCAGGUGGACAAUUGAGCUUUAUUUUUUAUAUAUUUUUAAAACAUUUUUCUCUCAUGUUGAAAGUUCGCUUUAAACAAAAAAAUUCCAGGUUGCCAACUAGGCUAAUGCGUGCACCUUGCACCAACUAGGCUAAGACGGGUACAUCGCCCCAACUAGGCUAAUGCGGGCACCUUGCACCAACUAGGCUAAGGCGGGUACCUUGCCCCAACUAGGCUAAUGCGUGCACCUUGCACCAACUAGGCUAAGGCGGGUACAUCGCCCCAACUAGGCUAAUGCGGGCACCUUGCACCAACUAGGCUAAGGCGGGUACCUUGCCCCAACUAGGCUAAUGCGGGCUACUUGCACCAACUAGGCUAAUGCGGGCUACUUGCACCAACUAGGCUAAGGCGGGCUACUUGCACCAACUAGGCUAAUGCGGGCUACUUGCACCAACUAGGCUAAGGCGGGUGCCUUGUACAAUGCCAUUACUUCUUUUUUAAAUAUCUGAAACCGAUAAAACCGAUGACAUUGCUUGCCAUCAUAAUAAUCUCUAAUAUAUUUCUCUCUAUCUUCAUGACUGGAUCUAGCGACCAUGGUGUGCGGUGGUUUCAUCAAUGGAACAGCCGAGUAUGCGGCUUGGUACGGACUGCUGCAGACACAGUUACCCUUAGGUUCAUGUAUAGGAUUCCUCAUAAGUAAGUGAUGGUGCACAGGUAGGAACACCUUUAAGAUGUGCUCAUCAAUGUUGUGAGAUGUUUUGCAAGAACUAUAGAGUAAGAUUUAAUCUGCUUUAUAGCCAAGACACCGUAGAUAGCCCUGCUGUGAGAUUGUGUGUCAUGCUAGCCAAGACACCCUAGCUAAAGUAAUGGUGUAAGACUUUGCUGCACACCAAAACAAACCAGCUAGAGCUAUUGAGUUUACGUUUGUCUCCUGCCAGUCAAAAACAAUUAGCAUUGAGGCUAUGGCCCUUAUUAAUGUAAAUUAAUGUGUUCCAUGAUCUAAGAAGCCGUUCAGUUGCGUGUCUCAUCAUCCCUACUUGUAUGUUGCUUUUAGUUCCCAGCCAAACACAAGUAUUGGUUUAAGAAGGCAGUUUAACUUGCACCAACUAGGCUAAGGUGGGCACCUUGCACCAAGUAGGCUAAGCAGACACCUUGCAUCAAGUAGGCUAAGCAGACACCUUGCACCAACUAGGCUAAGGCGAGCAACUUGCUAAGCAGGACAACAAAUAGUUGCCAUAAAUACUACUCCGAUUUCUGAUGAAACGUAUGUACGGUAUCGUUAGAUGAAUUGGCAGUAUCGUCAGAUAAAUGGGCAGCAUUGUCAGUUUAACGGUUAGUAUCGAUAUAAGAAGGCAGUAUCUUCAGUUGAAUGGAAAGUAUCGUCUCAGUUGAAUAGGCAGCAUUGUCGAUAGAAUUGGCAGUAUCGGCAGUUGAAUCGAUGGUAUCGUCAUUUAAAUACACUGAAUCGUCAGUUAAUUGGACGGUAUCGCAUGUUCAAUGAGAAGUAUCGUCAGUUUAAUAAUUCAGUUGACCCUUAAAUAACCGAUGCAGAUCUAAUGCUUAUAGUGUAGAUGUUUCGUAACAUGUAAACAAUGUAAAUUUCAACACGACUGAGUGUGCGUUUUCCCCAUUCUUUAAAUAGAUUUCCCUAAAAUCCCUAGGUUACUUACACGUGUAAGCUCAACGUUGACCUUGAAUGGGUAUUUAUCAAAAAUUGUAAGAAAAUCAGUCAAAUUUAAUAAAUACAGCCCCGCUAUUCAUCAAUACCACGUGACCCCAACAGGUGGACUUGUGUACGCCCCAAAGAUGAGACGUGAGAGGUACGUGACAAUGUUCGACCCCUUCCAGUACAAAUAUGGCCGUAAGAUGGGAGCACUCCUGAUAAUACCCCACAUGUUUAGCGACCUGUUCUGGUCCGGAUCUGUCUUGGCCGCACUGGGUGAGUUUCAAGGAGGUUGGUCCUGCCAGGGAACACAAGGUGAGGCACUUGACCCAAAAGAACUUAAAUGAUGGUGUGCGACGAUUUGACCCUAAAGAACUUAAAUGAUGGUGUGCCACGAUUUGACCCUAAAGAACUUAAAUGAUGGUGUGUGACGAUUUGACCCUAAAGAACUUAAAUGAUGGUAUGUGACGAUUUGAACCUAAAUAACUUAAAUGAUGGUGUGCGACGAUUUGACCCUAAAGAACUUAAAUGAUGGUGUGUGACGAUUUGACCCUAAAGAACUUAAAUGAUGGUGUGCCACGAUUUGACCCUAAAGAACUUAAAUGAGGGUGUGUGACGAUUUGACCCUAAAGAACUUAAAUGAUGGUGUGUGACGAUUUGACCCUAAAGAACUUAAAUGAUGGUGUGUGACGAUUUGACCCUAAAGAACUUAAAUGGUGGUGUGCGACGAUUUGACCCUAAAGAACUUAAAUGAUGGUGUGUGACGAUUUGACCCUAAAGAACUUAAAUGAUGGUGUGCCACGAUUUGACCCUAAAGAACUUAAAUGGUGGUGUGUGACGAUUUGACCCUAAAGAACUUAAAUGAUGGUAUGUGACUAUUUGACCCUAAAGAACUUAAAUGAUGGUGUGUGACGAUUUGACCCUAAAGAACUUAAAUGAUGGUGUGUGACUAUUUGACCCUAAAGAACUUAAAUGGUGGUGUGUGACGAUUUGACUUUAAAGAACUAAAAUGGUGAUGUGUGACGAUUUGACCCUAAAGAACUUAAAUGAUGGUGUGCCACGAUUUGACCCUAAAGAACUUAAAUCGUGGUGUGUGACGAUUUGACCCUAAAGAACUUAAAUGAUGGUGUGUGACUAUUUGACCCUAAAGAACUUAAAAUGGUGUGUGACGAUUUGACCCUAAAGAACUUAAAUGAUGGUGUGUGACUAUUUGACCCUAAAGAACUUAAAUGGUGGUGUGUGACGAUUUGACUUUAAAGAACUUAAAUGGUGAUGUGUGACGAUUUGACCCUAAAGAACUUAAAUGAUGGUGUGUGACGAGUAAAGUUUGUCAAAUUUCUUCCACCGUGAAUCCGUCCUUGGAAACCCUUGUAAAUUAAAACCUUUCUCUCCCCUCAAAUUACCCAGCAGUAGCAUAGCCCGAGUGACUCCCCUUAGUGUUAUCGCAUUUAUACACAAGACCACUCACCCCAAAAGCGUGCAUUCUGUGUUCAACCCCUCUCACCGAGGAACCUUAAGAAUAUAAUACCAUCCCCACCCCCCCCCCACUCAGAAUUGCCCUGGAAGCAACACAUUUGGAGUAUCGUCCCUUGUUGUUACUGCAUGUCUACACCAGAAAACUCACGCCGAAGAGUGAAUUUGGAUUUUCCAGGGUAGAAGGUCAAACCCGCAACGUCGAAAGUGAUUAUCAUUGGAUGGGAAAACAAACAACAUUUAAACCACCCAAUGAAUUAUCACCGAAUAUAUAUAUAAUAUAUAUAUAUUUAUUUAUUUAUUUAUUUAUUUAUUUAUUUAUUUAUUUAUUUAUUUAUUUAUUUAUUUAUUUAUUUAUUUAUUUAUUCAUUCAUUUAUUUAUUUAUUUAUUUAUUUAUUUAUUUAUUUAUUUAUUUAUUUAUUUAUUUAUUUAUUUAUUUAUUUAUUUAUUUAUUUAAAUUCACUCCUCAUUUAAAAAUGUGUAAAUAAAUAUGUACAAUUGUGAAAUUUUGAUUUAUUCGGUAUCGGAACAAUUAUUUAAAGCUCCAUAACUUUACAGGCGGAACAGUUUCCAUUAUCGCUGAUAUCGAUCCCACCAUUUCCAUAAUCGUUUCGGCCCUCGUAUCGGUCGUCUACACAUUCCUUGGUGGACUUAUCGCCGUGGCCUACACGGAUGUAAUACAGAUCCUUAUGGUGGCUUUCGGACUCGUGAGUAUGGUGGCUUUUUGAGUUAACUUAUGUUGUCUUGAUUACUUUGAGCUUUAAGCAGCAAUUCAUUCUAUCUGGGCGGCAAAAUAAAACAAUGCAAAAAGCCAGACGUCUCGCUUGCUGCAUGUGCUGCCAAUUUCAUUCCAAUCGAUUGUUUACGGAAGUACCGAUUCCUUUUUUUUUUUUUUACACACUUUGUACUUUGUUUAAGGUACGAAAUUUAAUUAUUUUUUCUGCUUAUAUAAUAAUUUUAAAAAAAAGAUAGUGCUUAAAAAAAGGUAAUUAGGCCAUACAUUGUUUCUGCAGGUGCUGGCUUGUCCUUAUGCAAUGAGUAGUGACCACGUCAACUUGACCAGCGUGAGCAGCACGUGGAUAGGGGAGGUGCCGGCAGGCACUGAGUGGAUGUACGCUGAUGUCCUCUGCCUCCUGGUGUUUGGGGGUAUCACGUGGCAAGUAAGCGUUUGGAACUAUUAAGUAGGUCUUAAGGACGUGAGUUCUCUCCCCAAAGAAGUCGUCGUGUGUGCAUUCAUUUCUGUGGUUCUGUUGAUGCGGCGUUCAUACAGUGGGGGUGGCUGGUUUUUGUGGCGCCACGGGGUGUCCUCGAGUUUCGUCGCCCCUCGCUGAUAAAAAUCACCAAAAAAUAUAGCAUGCACAUCAAAAAAAAGUCAUAAAUAUUUAAUGAAGUGGGGGAAAAUGCAACCUAAAACUAGUCCCGUCUGUCAUGGACCCACCAGUUGGACCCACCAGUUGGACCCACCAGUUGGACCACUCGUUCAACUCGUUAUCAGAUCAUUGGUGACAUUCGGAGAUUUGAUAUCAAAUCCUAUUGGUGACAUUCAGUGAUGUGGUAUCAAAUUCUGUCAGUGACAUUCGGAUAUUUGGUAUCAGGUUCCAUUGAGACAUUCAGAAAUGUGGGAUCAGAUCCGAUUGUUGAAAUUCGGAGAUGUGGGAUCAGAUCCUAUUGGUGAAAUUUGGAGAUGUGGGAUCAGAUCCUAUUGGUCACCUUGGGAGAAGUCAGAUCGGAUUCUAGUCUAUCAAAUCGUUAAAGAACACUUCUAUUUGUACAUAAUUUCAGUACAGACUGAAUUAGAGUUCAUCAAAUCUGGUCACCAUAUUUUGGAAAACAGAUUGAUCGAUGGGUUUCCAAACAUUUCCCUGUUUUAAUGUUGACUUACUUAUUUCGUAUUUCACAGUGACCUCUUAAAUUUGCAAAACUGUCAGAAUUAUUAUGUCGUUCAUUUUUAGCUGUGUUCCUUUAGUAAUUUUCUCAUUUCAGGGGGAGAUGGGGGGGGGGGUCACUCGACCCCUUCUGUAUUCUGCAUUGGCCCCUGCGCACGCCCCUAAAUCAUCCAAGCCUCUAUUUCUUUAAAACUGACCUCUCCAAGCUGGACUAAACCACGUGCCAAUGUUUAAAUAAGUUCCAAAUUAGAAAUGGAAAAGAUUUCCUAGCUUCUAAACAACGCAUUGUGUUUUCAAUACUUCAUUAAAAUGGAAACAACAUAUGUUUUGGCUUGAACAAAAAUAAACAAACAGAACAAUGAAAAAGAUUCGGCUAAAAACCUGCUUCAGAAGCUCAUACAAUGCAAGGUUAAAAAAUUACUUAUUUUCUGUACUCCAUACAGUCAUUUUACCAGAGAAUCCUGGCCUGCAAAAGCCCAAGAGUGGCAAUGCUGUCAACGUCCUUCGCCGCAGUAUUUAGUUUCUUGUUCUCAGUCCCAGCGUUUGUCUUAGGAGUCGCUGGAUCUGCAGCGGGUAAUUUGGGUUUUCGUUUAAAUAAAACAAUUUGAAACUUUCAAAAAUUUACGAAGGAAAUCAUUCAAAGGUCUUGAAGAUAUAACUAUUUUAGAUUUCGUUUCAUAGAAUUCAUUUUUAAGAUUGAAAAAAAAAAUAAUUAUCUAUGAGUUGAUAUGUAAAAAAAAAAAAAUUCAAUUUUGUAUUAAGGUCCUGGCAUACUUGAAAAACUUUUAAAAUAUUAUACGCAAAUUAGUCUCACUGUUCAUUUUAAGGCUUUUAGUAUCGACUUUCAGAAAUUCGCUAUUGUCUCUGAAUAUCGAGGUUACGAAAAAUGUUUACUCAGUUUGCAAAAGCAAAAUCGCAAGACUCAAGCUGACAUCGAACAAGAGAGGCAUCAGUUGCCCCUAGUGACCGACCGAAUUUCGGUCUCGGCACCGAAAGUUCUCAUUUUCGGUGUAGUUUCGGUUUCGGUCGAAAUGGAUAUUUUCGGUUUCGCCCGAAGGUGUUUAAGGCUUUUAGUCGUCUGCCAAAAAGUCAGAAUGUCUCUCUACUGUGUCUGUGUGUCUCUCUACUGUGUCUGUGUGUCUUUCUACUGAGUAUGCGUGUCGGCUGACAUGCCGAAAGUCAGAAUCUCCCUCUACUGUGUCUGUGUGUCGGCAGACAUACUGAAAGUCAGAAUGUCCCUCUACUGUGUCUGUAUGUCGGCCAACAUUCAAAAAGUCAGAAUGUCCCUCUACUGUGUCUGUAUUGCAGCCAACAUUCAAAAAGUCAGAAUGUCCCUCUACUGUGUCUGUAUGUCGGCCAACAUUCAAAAAGUCAGAAUGUCCCUCUACUGUGUCUGUAUUGCAGCCAACAUUCAAAAAGUCAGAAUGUCCCUCUACUGUGUCUGUAUUGCAGCCAACAUUCAAAAAGUCAGAAUGUCCCUCUACUGUGUCUGUAUGUCGGCCGAAAUUCCAAAAUUCAGUAUUUCUCCACGUCUUCUCGUAAGAUAUGAGACUUAUCCUCUGCGAACACUGCUCACAGCCACAUGAUGGUUUGCUUGUCCAAUAUUUCGAAACUUCAAAUUUGAAUUAAGCUUAGGCGAUGGUUAAUAGUUUGGAAAAAAAAACAACUAAUGUAAUGGGACUAUUGAUAUAUAUUUUUUGGCUUUAAUUUUUUCAAAACUAUAAACCUUGGUAACCCCAGCUUUAUUUAAUUAAUUAAUUUUUGGCCUUCAUAUUGAUUUACCCUAUUCAUGCUCAUCAAUAAUGUCGCCAAUAAUAUUAUGAAAAAAGUACUAGGGAGUGGAAACAUUUAAAUAAAUAGUCUUUGUUAAUAAAAAAAAAAUAAAAUAAAAAUUCGCCAGUCUUAGGCUUAUUCAAUUCAUUCAUUGAUAUCCAUCAUUAUCACUAUGAUAAACAUUGUUAUUGAUGAAAUAAAAUGUUUAGAUAUCCCACGAAACUAGUCACGUGUGUGGACGCAAAUGUAAAGGAUAAGACAAUGAAACCAUCAGUAUGGCCCAAUAUUAAAAUAUAUAUAUAUAUAUAAUUAGUUCUCUCAAGUUUGUGUAACAGGGCAUAAGAUAGCCGUUAAUUUCAAUCAUACUCCUACACACACUUAUGCGAUGUAUCACUAUCUCGUACAAUAGCUAUCUAAUAGGCCUACUGUAUGAUCGUACUAAACGUAGCUCAGCAUUCAUGUCACGUUUGUUUCAUCUUGGUCAAAUGUAAAAAAAAAAAAUGUUGAUAAAUGUUAAUGGCGGAUAAACGAAGAGUUUAAAUGUCGACCAAAUAAGAAAGCGUAUUUCAACGAGAAUGUAUGGCUUAGCGGGACAGAGCGCGCCUCCAAGGCUUACGUCUGGGCAGUUUAGUGGGGCCAUACCAUCGUGAAACAAUAAAUAGGCUAAGCUUUCGAUCGAUACCAAAUAUGUCUACGUGGCGUUGUAAUUAACUUAUAAAAGCAAAGGACGCCCAAGGGUCAAUUUUGCAUUAAUUUCGCCACCACUAUCCAAACUCCAAUUUUGUUCUUCUCUUAUCUACUAUUUUAAAAUACAUUGUUUUUCCGAAAUGUAGAUUAUUUCCUAGUUCAAAUGGUGAAAGCCGAAGUUUUCAUUAGAUGCUAAUCCAUUCAAUUUUUUGGUUUCGGUUUGGGCUUCGGUCGGAAUUCAUUUUUAACGUUGGGACUUGUGCUAUGAACUAGGUUUAGGGGCGUUUGUUAUGGGUGAGAUGGUGGCGUUCAGUUUAGAGUAUGCUGAGCGAGUGUUGUCGGGAGAGUUUGAAAGUAGUCUAACAGCAGUGAUGAAAUUAGUCUGAGGACAUGCGGUAGUGUCAUGAGGAUUUUAGGAUGAAGAAAGUUUUUUUUUGGUUAAAACUGCCAAUUAUUGUAAACGAUGAGAGAUAUCAUGACGUCAAUCGAACACUGGCUAUUGUCAUACGUAUGAACCAAGCUGAAGGAUCUUAGCAGCUUGGUUUCGGUCGAAACCAGACAAUCACUUUCGGUCGGUCUCUAGAGUAUUUUGAGUAAGCCGUUAUGUCCCAAUUUACGAGAGUUCUUAAACCAUACGGUUUUUAAAGAUGCUUUCAUGAGCAAUUAAAAUGGAACGUAUUAAUUGCAAUAAACUAUCUUUAAAUCAUCAUCUGAUAUAUAAGCGUUUACUAGAAAACUAUGUUUUUAAAUUAAGUUUUUCAUACUCAUUUCAUUUUUUCAUUUCGUUUAUUCCAGAUUGGAACAGUACAGCCUACGACGGACCUCUGCCUAUACCCGAUGACCGGAAGAGCUACAUGCUUCCCAUGGUCCUCAGCUUCCUAGUCCCACUUCCUGUUUCUAUAAUCGGCCUCUGUGCCAUCGCAGGCGCUGUCAUGUCGUCUGCUGAUUCGAUUUUCCUUUCAUCGGCGACUAUCUUUACUAAAAAUAUUUACCAGGAUAUAUUUAGACCACAGGUGAUACAAUUAAAGGUUGUCCCAUUCAAAUUGGUUUAAAAAUGCAAUAGAUGUAAUCUUUUAAUUUUUCGAACUUUAUUGGAAAAUUCUAGACGGACCCUUAAUGGAUUGGAUAUCAUUAGUUUUAAUUCCCCCGACAUUUCAAUACUGAAUAUGAAAGUAUUGCUACCAACGUAGGCUUAGAUCCAUCAAUUCACAUAGAACCUAUAGAAUCUAAGAAUAUUGGUAUUUAUAUAGGUCAUGUAAGGAAAAAAAAGAAAUGGAACCCCCGGCAACAAGGUAGUGGAUAUUAUGUGUUCAGUACCCUUCGGUAUUUUAAUAUGGAUAAUCAAGUGUAUGUGUACUGAGCUUGGUCAAGCUCGAUCCAUUCAAAUAGGAGCUUUUAUUAAUAAUUUUAUUUAAAUUACUCAUAUAAGAAAAAAAAAUUUAGGGCCGUCGGCCCAAACGAAAUGGAAAGGUUAUCACUCCACCCCCCCCCUCCCCGAUUUCAUUCAGGAUUGUGAUGUAUAUUUAUAUGUGCUAAGUUUGGUUAAGAUCCAUAAGCCCAUGUAGAAACGUAUGCGGAAGAAACAAACCCACACAUUUUCCUUAUAUGCAUAAUAUAUGAUGUGAUACAAUCUUUCCUUUUUGUGUCCAGGCUUCAAGCAAGGAAAUGCUGUGGAUGUUUAGAUUUUUUAUUGUUUUCUUUGGCGUGUUGGGAACUUUAGUCGCCAUUUUUUCGACAACCAUCUACGGCCUUUUCGUAUUGUGCUGGUAAGUUGAUGCGUAAGAUACUAUAAAACAAUCUUAUUUGUUUUUAAUUCCAUAAAUUUUUCCGUUUAUAAGUUCGAGUAUCUUUGUAAGCUCGGGGGCUAGCAGUAAUUCCAAUGCCCAUGACUUCUGUGAAACUUGUUAACACUUUCACUAAACAGCGCAUUAAUUCUGAUUACAAGUCAUCUAAUCGUCUUCCUAAGAAUAUUGAGAAAAAAAUUAUGACGUAGUACAAUAAUAUUUUGAUGAAAAAUUCUUUGACAUAUAUAUAUUAUCCAUAAAGAAUUGUGAGUAUUUCUUAGAAUAGUUACCAGUAAUUGCCUGACAAUUCCUUUGAAUAAUCACAAUUAUUUGUGUGAUUUUCCUUAUUAUGAUAACGAGUAAUUGUCUGACAGUUCCUUAGAACGAUCACGAGUAAUUGUGACAAUUCCUUACCAAAAACAUGAAUCUUUGUUGAGACAUUACCUUAGGGCUUUCAUCAAUAAUUGUGUUACAUUUCCUCACACCAGCGACCUGAUGUACGUGGUCCUGUUCCCCCAACUGACCUGUGUCCUGUGGCUACCUUGGUCCAACACUUACGGUAGUCUCGCUGGUCUGGCUGUCUCACUUCUGCUACGUUUCCUGUGUGGAGACCCUAUGCUGGGCAUUCCGUCUGUCAUCAAGUUUCCCAUGUAUGACCACGACACGGAGACGCAACUGUUUCCAUUCAGGUAGGCCGCCCUUUGCUAGCGAAAUCAUUACGCCCUUUGCUAACGAAAUCAUUACUCUCUUUGCUAGCGAAAUCAUUACACCCUUUGCUAGCGAAAUCAUUACGCUCUUUGCUAGCGAAAUCAUUACGUCCCAUGCUAGAUAAAGCAUUAUGUUCUAUGCUAGAUAAAUCAUUACGUUCUUUACUAGAUAAAUUAUUACGUUAUAUGCUGGUCGUUGUGCUUGUUGUCAUUUUGCAAGAGCAUCUCGAUCGUUCCCUGCUCAGAGGCCCUUAGGCCGCUACAAAAGACGUGCACUAUUUACCAAACCUGCAUCAUCCUGGCAAAUUCCUCCUCCUCUGAGCCCAACCCUGGACUAGACAUCUUUAAGAGCGCUGUCUGCCCUACCUCGCAUUCCCACUCUUGUUUCCUAUCCCAGUCAUUGGGGACCUGCGGAACUUGUGACCUUGCUGAUCAGUGGGAGGACGGAGGCGUUGCAUGGGAACAUUGCGUGAAAUGCUUCCACGGUCAAUGCCCAGGCAUCGACACGCUGUAUCACAACCAGCAUGGUGAAAAUUCUGGCGUGCCAUGGUACUGUGAUGUCUGCUGACAGACUGUGUUUGACCUCCAUAGUGCAAAGACAGACUUUACAUGCCCAGAUUUCCCCCUUAAACCCUCCAUGCUGCACACGAACGGACCUUUAAAUUUCUAGCCACCGCACUGCUCUACUCCUACGCGCUGCAGUCAGCAAGGCGAAUGGAACAACUGACCAAAGCGCAUCUUGAAUGUGAACUUUCCAUCCGCAGGCGGGAUGAGAGUAAAGAUAGCCAACCUGAUCAGCAGCUUAAAACCUGACAUCAUACUGGGCACAGAGACACGGCUGGAUCGGAAAGAGUCAAAAAGGAAAGCAGGAGACCCAAAGGCGUGGAAAGAAAUAAUAAUACUGUUUAUGACCUUCGCUUUACGGGGAGGUGAAAAGAAGAAAAGAAGAAUAACGUGAAUAUAUUUUUUAUAAUCCGUCUUAGCAAGACGAUGGACUGUCUGUUGGCACUUCUCGCACGAGAGUCUCAAAAGUCUGGUUACCUUGGACUUCCGUGAUGCGCUUUUUGCUGAAAGGGCUUUGAAUUUUCUUGCUUUACAAAAAAAUGUCUGCUCCUCAUGAGGUGCCGUCUCCUGUGCACCUACUUAGCUUGGGCGGUGUGUUAUGGAGACCUGCUGUUGACCAAUGCAGCAGCUCCCUACUCUCCACGCAGCCAAUGGAUCCUAGGAAAUAAUAACUUGGCCCUUAUCGCGACACAGGUGUUUUCAAAAUAACACUGGUAACUGCGCCAGAUUGACUUCGGGACUCCAUCUCCGUAUUUCCCAUGUGGGUUCACUCCCGCAGUCUUACCCUAGCACCCCGCAUUGAUUUUAUUCAUAUCUAUACCGCUUUCACCAGUUUCAAAUUUGUUUUCAAUCUCUUUUUGCUAUCCGGAAGCUCGCCCCUGCCAAUUCAAGUGGUCCAUCUACGACAACGCCUCUGCUUUUCUACCCUCCACAGAACGUUCUCAAUGCUUGCCGGGCUAGGCUGCCAGGUGAUGAUCUCGGGGGUGGCCCACGUCCUCUUCGUGCUGGGGUACGCCUCUGUGAGAUUCGACAUUUUUAACUGCCGCCAGCAACGGUCUCAUCAAAUACAAACGAAGUUGUUACCGGUGGAGCUUAGGGUGGACGAACCACAGGAAGGCAUGCUGGGAGAAACACAGGCGUUUUUGGAUGACGCCAUCAAAGCUUGUGGAAAAUCACUUCCACCUUUAAACGAAUAGAAAAAAAAAAAAACUACAAAUAACUAAUUAUCAUUGUAUUUCUUAAAGUCUCUUCAUUCAGUCUAAUGAUUUGGUUAUUUCUAAAAAUAAAUUGC